AUGUACAACUCACUUACACGGAUACAAAAUGUAUUCGGCUUCUUCACCACCGUCGCAUUCGUCGUCGCAGCCAUAAUCGCCGCCUCCGACUUCACAUCCCCGCGCACCCCGAGCGCAACUAUCAAGACGACCAACGUCCAGGUAGUCAAGGGCCGUCCGCACUACUACAGCACCAAGAAGGAGGAGUACGCCAUCAUCAAGUUCUCGCUCGACGCCGACCUCUCGUCGCUGUUCACCUGGAACACCAAGCAGCUCUUCGUCUACAUCACCGCCGAGUGGCCCGCGCCCCCCGUUGGCGACAGCAUGAACCAGACCAACAAGGCCGUCAUCUGGGACAGCAUCAUCACGAGCCCGAGCGCCGACUACCUGAGCAACCUGGGCCCGGCCACGCUAAAAAAGCUGAAGAGGAGCGCCGAGGGCAAGAGCAUAGACCCGAGCCGGGGCAAGCUGUCGUUCAAGAACCAGAAACCGAAAUACCAGAUCUCGCACCCGACGGGCAAGAUCGCCGAGACGGACGACGUGACGCUACACGUACACUACAACGUGCAGCCGUGGGUCGGCAUGCUGACGUGGAACCAGAACUUCGACUUUGGGCGGUGGAAGAAGAUGGGCCAGGGCAUCAGCAAGGCGUUUGAGCUACCGGCUAUCAAGAAGAAGGACGCGGAGAAGUCCAAGUAG